GGUAAAGCUGGAAUCAUUCUUCAAAAAGCUUUGAGGGCCCUUUUGAUGCUUACAUGUCUUCUAGCUCUGCAUCUUAAAAGAACAUGCCUCAUUCUGAAUGUAGCUAAGAGCCAGUGACUCUAUGCAAAUAUGAACUCUAAUCACAGACUGAACUCUGGGACUGGUGGGGAGGAAGGCAGGGAGCCCAACAGUAGGUGGUGCCAGAGCCAACUAAUUCUAGAUUUGUCCCCAUCUUCCUCCCUGCUGAGUCCUAGAAAGGCAACAAUGAGACUAAGGAGGCAGAAGCUGACAGCUAGAGCCAUCUCUUGGGCUAGUUGUAAGUAGGAAAGCAGGCAGGUGGGGCAGUGCCCCGUUUGCCAUAAUGGACCAGCCGACAUUGGGGUCAGGUGCACAAAGGACACCAAUAGAAUGAAAGAACUCAGCUCUUCUGUACGCAUUCGGAGUCUAGGGCAGUAAAUGCACUAGUUGCUAGAGCAAAGCAUUUCCACUAGCCACAUGUGCUCUAGUGGAAAGCUGAAGGAUCUUUGCAUUGAAGGAGUGGUCUGGUCUAGUGGCUGUGACUUUUAGUACAUCCGAAGAACAACGACUUAAUUAUGAGCCUAGUUGAACAAGUAAUAAAACCAUUAAUGAUAAAGGCUUUGUUCUUCUGACAGACUGACAAUUUCGAAGAGUAUUGGACAUAGUUCCUUCAAUUGAUAUUCUGUGAAUAGACCAGCUGUGUGACAUUGGGAUUGAAAAGCCUUAGUCUAAGAGGAGCUGUAUAUAAGAGUAUCUUCAAUAUGCUAUUGCCAUCAAUCAAGAUGCAGAAACCAUUUCAGCUGGUGCACAGGACAUAUUUGAUGUCUCAUCGCACCUGUAUUUUUCCGUUCUUAAAAGGACAACGCUGUUUGCUUAAUACUAAACACAAAAUGGUUUCCUUGGCUCUGACCUCCCAGCACCAGUGCCUACAUACAUCUGCUGCUGUUUGUGUUUCCAAGGAAAGGGCAUCAUCCCAACCAGUAGACCAUCGCAAUAAAGAACUGGAGGGAGAAAAUCUUACCACACUAUCUGGUAACUUAGCCCAGAGAGACUCCAUAGAACCAAAUUCUGUAGAGCUUGAUCCCUUACAAGACAAACCAAUUAGUCUUGUGCAGAGAUUCAAGAGAACGUUUAAACAAUACGGCAAAAUUUUGAUCCCAGUGCAUCUUUUGACUUCCAGCAUAUGGUUUGGAGCCUUUUACUAUGCAGCUUUAAAGUAAGCGAUGAACUUAUCAUCACUGUACUUAUUAGCUUUCAGCAAAUCUUAACAAUUAACAAACAUAAUCACUUCUGCAGUAUGGUUCUUAUUGUAUGUAAAAAAGUUGCAAUGUUCCAUUACAGUUAUUAUUUACUACAAUCUCACGUUGUAAGAGCAUAUUACAAUAUUAAUACCAGUCUGUUCCAGUCACUUUCAGUCUUUUGAGACCUGGGACCCGCCUAUAAGCCAAACAUGCAUUUGGAGACCAGUUUCUUAUUUUUUUUAAUUCAUUUACAUGAUAGUAGCACUGCUGUUGCAACCAACCUUGGAUUACGCUGUGACCCAAUAGUGGGUCCCUGCCCGCCAGUUGAAGACCAAGGUGCUGCAUGUAGCAAUCCAGCAUUAGUAGUUAGUUGUUUUAAUGAUGAUUUUGUAUUGUUUGU